AUGGUCCUUAGCAGCAAUGAGAAGCGUGCGUUCUUCAGACAACAGUGCCGUGAGGCAUUGGCAGCCCAUAUACUUGACCGACUUGACCUUGUCGUCGCUCCCAGCCAAGUCCGUCUACAGCCAUCAGGCGGGGAUGGAUACGCUUGGUCGAUAACGGAAUCCAAAAAGAGCCUAUUGCAGUCGAACUUGGGCAGUGGAAGUGUGGGCCUGUACCGGUCCAUUUGCGAAGAAUUAGGCCGGUCGCUUGAGGCGGUUACUCCGCAGACGCUACAUAUUGCCCAAUCAAAACGGAACCACCUCCCUAGAGAAGAGGUAAGCAUUUUGAUCCACCAAGCGCCUCGGGGCCUACACAGCGCUGAAAAUAUAUGCAAGACGCGACCCGCCCGUAGCGAUGAGAAGGACAGCGGAUCAUUCACGGCCAAAAUCCGCGAAUUGGAAUGCGCCAACCAUGAAAUGAGCGACGAGCUUGACCUCACGCGUAUCCAUCUGGAGGAGUCUUCCGGCCAAAACCGCGAAUUACAAGCCAAAGUCCGUCAGCUUCAGUAUGAGCUCGAGUGCAAUUCAUCUUGA